CCCGCCAUGAGCUCCGUCUACAACCUCGAGCCCCAGCCGACCGCCAAGGUCCUCCUCCAGACCACUUCCGGCGAUAUCGAAAUCGAGCUCUUCGCGAAGCAGACCCCGAUUACCUCGCGAAACUUCAUACAGCUCUGUCUCGAUGGCUACUACGAUGGCACAAUAUUCCACCGCCUGGUCCCAGGCUUCAUCAUCCAGGGCGGCGAUCCAACUGGAACGGGAUCUGGAGGGGAGAGUAGCUACGAUGGCGAGCCGUUCGUGGACGAGUAUCACAGCAGGCUGAAGUAUAACAGGCGAGGUCUGCUGGGGAUGGCCAACUCAGGGAAAAAGGAUGAUAAUGGCAGUCAAUUCUUUCUCACGCUGGGCAACACGCCCGAGCUUACUGGGAAGAAUACUUUCUUUGGGCGCGUGGCAGGAGACACAAUCUACAAUUUGAUGAAGAUGGGAGAGGCGGACCUGGCAGAGGAGGGAGGGGACAGGCCGCUAUAUCCCACCAAAAUCACAGGCACAGAGAUACUGGUCAACCCUUUUGAGGGCAUGGAGAAGAGGAUCAAGACAGCAAAGUCUGCUGUAGAGGAGGUUAAGCCAAAGAAGAAGCCGAAGCGGAAGGCUGGAAAAGCCCUUCUUAGUUUCGGCGGAGACGAAGGCGAAGACGACGCACCAGCUCCAAUCGUCAAGAAGGCGAAAUUCAAUCCCAAUCUCGUUGAUACCGGGGAAGUAAACCAGCCCGCGAAGAGGACCGCCCCAACACCAGCCGCUGUGGAACCGACGAAAGAAAUCCCCAUUCGACGACCAACACCCGCCUCUCCCUCUCCUGCUCCGCCUUCAGCUCCGGCACGGGCAUCGAAACCGAACUCCCCUCCUCGGAAAGUGAAACCACGAUCCCCAUCGCGAUCUCCCUCCCCAGAAUCGCGUCAGGCCGCCCUCCUCGCCCGAACAAACGCACAAAUCGCCGAGCUCAAGGCUUCUAUGAAACGUACGACCGCUACCUCCGCAGCUGCAGCUCCGAAGAAGAAGUCCGCGCUCGAGGCAUUAAUACCUGAGACAUCAGUGCGUGCGCGUAAGAGGCGGCCAGGAGCCACGAACGCGGAGACGGACAAGGAUACUUUGGCGCUACUAGAUGCUUUCAAAGCGAAGCUGGAAUCUGCGCCUGCGGUGGAGAAACACCCACUUCAUAUACCGGCUGCGGAAAAUGGAGCUAGCAAUGGCGACCACGCUCCACUGAAUGGAAAAUCGGUGCCUGCGCCCGAGGACGAUGAUGAAAAGACGUGCGAUCUACACUUCAUUGUGGGCUGCCAAUCCUGCACAGCGUGGGACGCGCAACAGGAGGAAGAGUCGGAAGACGAUGAUGGGUGGAUGAGCCACGCGUUGAGUUUCGCCAAAGACAGGCUUGGGAAGGAUCUCGAGUGGAAGCGGAAAAACGAGGAGGAGCUCGUGGUCAUCGACCCGAGGGAGAAAGCGAAAGAGAUCAAAAAGGGGAGAAAAGGUAAGGAGAAGAGGUAGAGCGGUUUGUCGAUUCGCGCCGUAUGCCAUUCAAAUAAUAAUAAAACCUCGCAUCUGCAUAAUUCCUAGUGCCACGUAAGUCCGACUUCGCACAUCUUUCGAUUCGGGGUAUGAAAUCUUGCCCAAGAAGCCAGGUUUGUCCUCACGAAGGUAUAGCAGCACC